AUGCGUUAUAACGACUUGGGACACCCCCUGUGCGGUCACCUGAGAGACGGGAGUUGGGCACUCGAUUACAUCCACCAACGUUUGACCCAUCAAAUGGCGGAAUUCCCGAAUCUAGUGAAACCCGCACUAUGGUUGAAGGAAAGGUUUGAUCGCGUCAAAGCGACCGUUCCGAAUUUCUUGCGGCCCAAGUCCUUCGCGCUGGUUAUCUCAGAAGCAUACAAGGCUGCUCGCAGGGCAGGCAUGGAACAAUGCUCUGAAUUUGUAGCUUCAGGGCAUGUGUUCACUCAAGAUUUGGCCAUGUGUGGCAUGCAGAUGCUUAGUCUCUUUAUAUUUACGCCUCCCGGAUAG